AACGGAACCGCCAUAUCUCUCACCGUCUUUUGAUUUCUCAAAAGAAUUCCCUCGUACUCUCUAAAACCAACCAGAAUCAAACCGAAACCGAAUCAUCCAAACAGCCAGCUAUGGUCGACGAGAAAUCUGUGAUGGCCGUGAUUAGGGCCGCCAGGCCAACCUUUAGAAACAAUCACGAUAAACUUGCCUUCUUAGUUCACGCUUCUUUUCUCGCCUCGGGACAUGUGUUAACCGCCACCGGCUCUUCCGCUGAUGCUUCCUUCUCCUCUCCCUCCACUGAUGAGGUGGGACUUGAUCAAUGGAACGACCUGGAAGAUAAUUACGCGUUUGUGUAUAUAAACCCUGAGAACGGUUCAAAGAAAGUGCUGGUGAAGUGUCUCGUGAUGGGCAACAUACUGGUCGUGGACGCCUUGGCUCAAGGGGCGUCUGAACCCGUACAUCUCGAAAUUGAUGUUGGGCAAUACGUUGAGGAAGACGGCACCGCGAAUUACUCUGGGCAGUUCAAGAAUUUGGAUAAGCUUGUUAAGUUUUUAGAUACUGAGAUUUUGAGUAAAUUAAAUGGUUCUCCGAAACUAUCAAGUUUGGUAACUGGCGAGGGGUCAAGGCGUAAUAUAAAUGAUCAUGGUGUUGGAAUUUAUGAGCCUACGGGCCCUCAACCUCAUCCUUCAGGAGUCGUGCUUCCUCCUGUUAAUCCAGGUGGUGUUAGUGAUCUUUUUCCUGGUUCUGGUGCUGGAAUGUACCCAAGAAGGGAUCCUGGCAGCGGUGGCAGCAUGCUUAUAGGACCAGAUGAUCCUCGCUGGUUUGGUGGAGGAAUUGGUGGAGAGCCUGGCUUCUUCGGAGGACAACCGGGUGUUCCUCCAGGUGCUCGUUUUGAUCCCUAUGGCCCACCAGGUGUUCCGGGCUUUGAGCCCAACAGAUUUGCAAGGAACCCUCGAAGGCCCGGUGGUGGGAAUCAUCCAGACCUGGAGCACUUCCCUGGUGGUUCGGAUUUUAUUUAGGGAUUUCCCUAUUAAAGAGUGUCGUCAAUAAUGUUUACUAGAGUUAGAAUUAAAUACAUGAUUUCCAGUUUAUACUUCCUUGGAAUUUUUUCCUAUUUAUUUUGUUCGGGUGAGACUGGAAACAUGUUGUAAGCUUUUAGUUUAUAUAUAUAAAUAGUUUGAAGAGGUUUAAGUUGUGUAUUAUGAUAUUUUCACUUGAAAGUAAAAGAA